UAAGGCUCGGGUGAUUACCACGAGAUAAAUAAAAUUGCGUGUUAAGGGUGUUAAGGGGACUGAGGACUCUUCCCUUCCUUUCCGUGCCUUACAUCUGCGCAGUACUAUUUAGUAUAUGGUCUCUGCCCCAAAAGAAACCUUUCAUUGCGACCACAAUAGCACCCUAGUUGCCUAGUCGAACUACCUAUUGUUCCGUAAUUUUAUCAACUCAAUUAAAGACGCGAUCGCGCGCCGAGUCUUACAAUUACUUACCACUACCACCCACUUUACCUUCAACGCUCUCGUCAACGUCGAACUUUCUACAAUGCACAAGAUACCAGUGGACUUGACCAUGGCCUGGUACCCGCAUAUUCCCCAGACUGCUCUGUUCUCGGACGGAAUUUGGAAUACGAUUUCAUGGAUCGCAUUCUUUUUUAAAUUAGCAAGCCUAGCUUUUGCCGUCCCCGUCAUGAGCCUUAUCCUCUUCGAUUUCUGCCUUUGGCUUUGGCGACUGAACCAACCGCAACCUAAGGACAUUUCGGAACCGGGUCGCAUCUCGCGCAAGGGUACAGAACGAAGAACAAGCCUAGCUACAUCACCGAACGGCGCCAGCUCCACAACUGCGCUUGCGUCCGGUCCAUCCGCGAGUCAGAGACGUCCCGUCCACUCGGGACAUACCUACGAUUAGCCACAGGACAUGCGGAUGCUUAUAGGGUUAGAGACAAACGACAAU